AUGACGACAUUUCUCAAACAUAAUGGAAAAAACCAUACCAAAGACCCACACGUUGCCCCUAAUUUUGCACAACAGCAGCAACAGAACAUCAACGUUCUCCCCCUCCCUCUACCUUACCCCCCAGCGGAAGUCGCCCUCGCCGACAUCCCCGCCUACGGGUUCUACGCCUCGAUCCCUCCCCUGGCGAACUGGACGUGGCUGCAGAAGGAGAUCGUCUUCCCUCCCAGCACGAGCGAGGCUACUCUCUGCAUCAACGUGGAGCUGCACAAGAGUCACCCGAACAACGCGGCGAUACUGACUCUCAAUCAGUCGUUUGUCGCUGGCGUUGAGAAUGACAAAUACAAGAUCUACAACCUAGGAUUCCCGAUGGUUUUCCCAAGGACUGUGUCGCCCUGGCAAUGGGUCCUCCUGUGCUACUUCGUCGGACGCACGACCGGGAUGGCCAUCGACGGGGAGCCCCUUCGCAUCGAGGAGGCCGAGGAGAAGUUGAGGCAGAUGGAUCUUACGAUCCCCUACAACCUGACCGUCGGGAUUCCCAGCACGUACUACGAUGACUUGUCGAUCGUCCAGUCGAUCGGAGGCAGAGUCACCAUCCCGCGAAUCUUUCUUCGUAGACUCGACAAACAAGAGAUGUUGACGUUGGCCGGGUGUGGCGAGGUGCCUGGCGAAGACCUUGGCAACGGUGUAUGGCAGGUCAUAGGGGGAGGAAAUGUAAAGAUUGGUACCAUCACUAGCACUAGCAACUUCUCAGAAUAUCUUGUUAGUGACACCAACGCCGCAAAUGGGUUAGUGGUUCUUAGAAGUCGCAGAGAUACAGGAAGAAGACCUGUGUAUUCCCCGCAGAGAAAAUAA